UCUCUUUCUCACCGUUAGUGGGAAGGGGCGAGAAGGGAUGAAAAAGGAAAAAUUCUAAAAAUAAAAUAAGAUUAUUUGUAAAAACAAAAACAAAAAAGUGUUUGAAUUAAAUUAUUAACUUGAUAUUUAGAUUGAGAAAUACCCUUUGCAGGUCUUCAUUUCCUCCACCCCUUGUGAAAUUUCUUCCUCUUUUACUUUCUCCUUAUUUACCGAGGUUGUCUGAAAAUUUAGACGAGAAAGAAAGAUGCCGGGAUCGGAGACAGGAGUGAUGCCAAGCAGGGAGCCUUUUGGCGUGACAGGACUCCAACAAAAAACAGCGGUACAGUCACAGCCGUUCAUACGAAACAUGCGUUUAGACUUCGGUGCUGACGGUACUGCUGUUUACAAACCGAUAGCCACCGUCACUACCACUUCCGCGGCGUCACCUACCUACCCGCCUGGAGGAGGGGAAGGACCAGCUGGUGGUGCGGUGGUAUCUCCUCACGGGAUUAAUGUGAAUAUGGGAGGAGGGAGUGGAGGAGAUUCAAUGAAAAGAAAGAGAGGGAGACCAAGGAAGUAUGGGCCAGAUGGCACUAUGGCAUUAGCUCUCGCAUCUGCACCUCAGUCUGUUGCUGCAACCCAGCCAACAGGUACAGCCACUGGAGGUGGUUUCUCUUCUCCUCCUCCCCCCCCACCUCCCGGAUCUGAUAUUGGUUUCGUUGGUGCUGCUGGUGUUGCUUCCCCCCCUGUCAAUCAAGGAGGAUCAGUGUCGCCAACUGGGGUGAAGAAAGCCAGAGGGAGACCUCCUGGUUCCAGCAAAAAACAGCGACUUGAUGCUCUGGGAUCAGCUGGGUUUGGAUUCACUCCACAUGUUAUCACCGUGAAAGCUGGAGAGGAUAUCUCUACGAAAGUUAUGUCAUUUUCUCAGCAUGGUCCAAGGGCUGUUUGUAUCUUGUCAGCAAAUGGUGCCAUAUCUAACGUAACUCUUCGCCAACAGGCCACAUCUGGAGGGACUGUAACUUAUGAGGGAAGAUUUGAAAUUCUGGCACUUUCUGGUUCAUACCUGCCAUCAGAAAAUGGGGGUCAAAGGAGCAGAUUUGGAGGUUUAAGCGUGUGUUUAUCUGGCCCAGAUGGACGGGUGCUAGGUGGAAGUGUAGCUGGUCUUCUAGUGGCUGCAGCCCCAGUACAGGUAGUUGUGGGUAGUUUCGUUGCUGAUGGUCGCAAGGAAUCAAGGACAGCAAUCCACACUGAACCAUCAUCUGCAACAUCAAGGCUUCCUCCAAAAGGUGGAUCGACUGGGGUGAGCAGCCCACCAUCACGUGGGACUCUCAGUGAAUCAUCGGGUGGUCCUGGGAGUCCACUGAACCAGAGUACUGGAGCCUGCAAUAACAGUAACCCACAAGGCAUGUCAAACAUGCCAUGGGAAUAAAUCCUUUCAGCUUCAGGUUUCUAAUUUGUGUAGAAGGCGUGGACUCUAAUGAGGUCUGGAGUCUCGUUUGUAAUUUAAGUCAUGUGUUAGUCAAAAUAAGACUACAGAAUGUAACUUGGUUUUGCUUGGUGGAUAGGGUCAAUUAGGUUGUGAGAUGUUGUGAGGUUGUGAAGUCGUUUAGAAGGCGUUAGAUUGAGAUGAUUAGCUUGACUUGUGUUGACUUAUGGUGGUAGUAGUAGGCUUCUUCUUGCUGCAGUUAUCGUUGCCCAUAUUGAAUGGAUAUCAAUCCUUGUUUACCUGACGAACAAGACCUUGCAGUUGCUAGUUUUAAUUUAAGAUGGUGUCGACAUAUGUUCUUCAUUCUUCA